AUGUGCCUCUCUACACUGUUUGUUAAUCCUUUGGAUGUGGGUAUGACGAAAAACAAGACCAAGAAACAAAUCAAAGCCGGAAAGGCUGUGAAAAACUUCACCAAAGAACUGGUAAAAGAAGACGACAACUUCACAGUGAUGGAUACACCCAGCUGUUCAAAAAUGAACUCCUCAAUUGUUUCUUCAGUUUACCUGUUCAGUUUGACGUUCAUAAUUCUUGCUCUAUCAGUGAUAAUUGGAUUUGUGUCUUACAUACAGACGUAUAAUUUUGCUGACAAAUCAGCAGAGAGGUUUUCUUUCAAAACUGGAGAUUCUGAGCACCAUAUAUCUUCCCAAGAAGGAGUAGUUUUACAGGAAAAUGAGGAUGAAGUUUUUCCGUCAGAAUCUGUUUUAAUCGAUGAGCUUCCAAAUAGUCAAAUCUUAUCAGAAAAACUAGAAACAAGUUCCAAAUCUAUGCCUAAAAAGUUCAUGGAGCACAGAAAACUACUGAAGUCGUACAGAUUUGAUUAUGAAAAGGCUAUGUCGGCUAGAGAAGAAGCGAUGAAGAAAUAUUCCUUCCCCUAUUCGGUCGAUGGUGUUGAUAAACGGAGCAAUUUGUCAUUGGAGGAGUUCUACGACGUUUAUGAUGGGAAAUGGCCUGUCAUUAUCACGGAUGUUAUUCCGACAUGGCCAGCUGCAAAUUGGUCUGCAAAGACAUUGAAGGCCAAAUACGGGGAGGCCAGAGUGGCUAUGAUGACGUACAAUAUUUUAAACCAGUCUGACUAUGGCAAAGAUCGAGAAGGCUACUCGGUGCCGCUGGGAAUCUUUCUGGACCACAUCAACGUGAGCAGCCACAGGUCGUGGACUUAUUUACAAGACGAGGUUUUUCUGGCACAGUAUCCUGAGCUGCGGGCCCAGGUUUUGGAGACUAUAUACACCAGAGAGGAUUUCUUCAAUCUCUUUCCUAAAGAGAUCCGACCCUGGGACUGCCUGCUCCUGUGGGGGACGUCCUAUUCCAGGUCCACCCUACACAUUGACCCUUACAACUGGACAGGCACCAAUGCGGUCUUCAGUGGACAGAAGCGGUGGAAGCUGCUGCUUCCUGGCCAGGACGGGCUUCUGAGUGUCCACCAAGAUGCCACAUGUGGGUUUCCUUUGGAGUGUCAGAAAUAUAAUAGCAAGUAUGACACAUAUGUAGAGACGGAUCAGAUGAAACGGAAGUUGAAGAAACUGAAGUAUUUGGAAGUUGAUCAAAUGCCAGGAGAGAUGCUCUUUAUUCCUACUGGCUGGUUUCAUCAGGCGUUCAACGUGGUACCCACUUUGGCUGUAUCAGGGGAGCUGAUGAAUCGCAACAAUUACCUGGCAGUGCUAGAGGAAAUAUUCCAAAUUGGCAACCUGCCCCGGUCCGUACUGCCUCAUGAUGUUGAGAACUUGAGCCCACAGGAGUUGGUGAAAUUUGUUAUGUCCAAAAUGCCACAGAAAAUCCUCGACCACGGAGCUGAGUGGACCAGAAACAUUAUUGAAAACUUGUAUAACCCAUCGCGACAGAACCAGUGA